AUGAGGUUUGACUACAACAAUUCAGAUUUGGAAUGGCUGCACUUCAUUAGACUGCAUUCUUCCUGUUUUGGAAGUGCAAUAGAAAAUUCCCGUGCUGAUACCCCUGUAGUCAGCUCUAGUGAAGCUGAGCAGUCAGAACCUGACUGUGAUAUUGGUGGGACACUUGAGGCUGACCCUCAGAGUGAGCCUUCCUCUUUUGUCAGUCCAGCAGAGAGCAUUGCAGGUCCGCAUAUAGAGAAUAUAUCAUCUUCACAUGGCAAGGGAAAGAAGACAAAAUCUGAGUUUGAGUCAAAAGUCUCAGCUGCUGAAAAGGGGGCAGAUGAACAAAAAUCUGCUUUGAAUGCUUCAGAGAACUUAAAAAGGGAGAAAGACUACAAAAAAACAGGAGAAAUAGACCCUACAUCUGUGAUGACCCCAAAGGACCCAGGAGACAUUCCAACAUUUGAUGAAUGGAAAAAGAAGGUUAUGGAAGUAGAGAAGGAGAAGAGUCAGUCAAUGCAUCCUUCUGCUAAUGGUGGGCAGCAUUCCACAAAAAAGGUCCAGAAAAAUAGAAAUAACUAUGCCUCUGUAGAAUGUGGUGCCAAAAUUCUGGCAGCUAAUCCAGAGGCAAAGAGCACUUCAGCUAUUUUGAUGGAAAACAUGGACCUUUAUAUGCUAAAUCCAUGCAGUACCAAAAUCUGGUUUGUUAUUGAGCUCUGUGAGCCAAUCCAAGUAAAGCAACUUGACAUUGCAAAUCAUGAGUUGUUCUCCUCCACUCCUAAAGACUUUCUGGUGUCCAUCAGUGACAGGUAUCCAACAAACAAAUGGAUUAAACUAGGUACUUUCCAUGCCAGAGAUGAGAGAAAUGUCCAAAGCUUUCCUCUAGAUGAACAGAUGUAUGCAAAAUAUGUGAAGAUGUUCAUCAAGUACAUAAAGGUGGAGUUGAUAUCACAUUUUGGAUCAGAACACUUUUGUCCUUUAAGUCUUAUAAGGUAAUAACUUAAGUGUUUUGCUUUGUAUUUCUGCCUCCUUGCACUGUGGACUAAUG